CUCUGAACUGAGAGAUAUUGUGUACAAUAUCAGAGAUUGAUAAUGUACAUGUAAAUAUUUGUGUUAAAUGAUAAGACAAGUGAUAUCUGUUUGUACAAUCCAAAGUGGCAAAGAUGUAAAUUGCACAAUCAGUAAUUCAGUCACCCGCGAACUUCGCUGAUCUCGUACAGUUGUCAGUAAAGCAGUUAAUUACGAAAAUGAUAGAUGCAAGAAUAAUUGAUAUCGAUGUGAAGGAUAUUAGAUUCCCAACGUCAUUAUUGGCCGAUGGCAGUGAUGCAAUGCAUACUGAUCCUGACUACUCUUGCGCCUAUGUGACAAUAAAAACUGAUCAGGGAUAUGAAGGCUAUGGUCUUACAUUUACUUUGGGAAGAGGCACUGAAGUUGUGGUGCAAGCAUGUAGAUCCAUGUUUGGAUUGGUAAAGAAUCAAACAACGACUCAAAUUUAUGGUGACUUUGCGUCCUUUUGGAGAAAAUUGACGAGCGAAUCGCAAUUGAGAUGGAUCGGACCUGAGAAAGGUGUGAUUCACCUAGCUACAGCAGCUAUCAUAAACGCAUUGUGGGACUUGUGGGCCCGAAUCGAGGAUAAGCCUGUCUGGAAGCUCCUGACAGACUUAACGCCCGAACAACUCGUUUCCACUGUGGACUUUCGAUACAUUACCGACAUGGUAACCAAGGAGGAAGUGAUAGAUAUGCUCAGGAAAAAUGAACCGUAUAAAAAAGAACGUGAGGAGCUCCUGAGAAGAAAUGGAUAUCCCGCAUACACAACUCAAGUGGGAUGGUUGGGUUACAGCGAUCAGAAAGUCAAAGAUCUUUGUGCGAAGUAUUUGCGUCUGGGUUUCACGCGCUUCAAAGUGAAAGUGGGUCAGAAUUUGGAGGACGACGUCAGGAGAUGCCGUUUGGUACGCGAAGUUAUAAGCUACGACAACAAAUUGAUGUUGGACGCGAAUCAAAUCUGGGAUGUGAACGUGGCGAUUGAAUGGAUGGACAGGCUAACGGAAUUCAAGCCUUUCUGGAUAGAAGAGCCAACAUCGCCUGAUGAUAUCUUGGGACACGCCAUGAUAGCUGCCGCCUUACGACCGCACGGUAUCGCGGUUGCCACCGGUGAGAUGUGCGCGAAUCGCGUCCUGUUUAAGCAACUGCUGCAAAUGCGAGCGAUCAACAUCUGUCAGAUUGAUUCGGCGAGGAUCGGAGGAAUCAAUGAAAUUUUAUCUGUAUAUUUUAUGGCAGAAAAGACUAAAACACCAGUUUGGCCACAUGCUGGUGGAGUGGGCCUUUGUGAGAUGGUACAGCAUCUUCAAAUGUGGGCUUACAUUUGCCUAUCUUCGUGCGUCGAGGAUUGUGCGAUAGAGUUUGUAGAUCAACAGCAUGAACACUUUGUGGAUCCUGUACUUGUUGAAAAUGCCUCUUAUAAACUGCCUACACUUCCCGGAUAUUCAACCAAGCUUAAAGAUGAUUGUAUUUUAAACUAUACUUAUCCAGAGGGUAAAGAAUGGAAAUGAUAGAACUAAGGAUUUUUUAAAAAAUUAUCAAAAUAAAGUAGAUAUCUUAUAGAUUA